AUGUUGAGUAUCUCUAGAAGAGUGAUUAAAUUCGUGAAACUAGCUUUGGUUUUACUAUUAAUAAUAUCUAUUAUUAUAGUAAGUACUAACUAUAGUGAAACUGCAAAUGAUGCUGUAGCAUAUUAUAGAACUAGUGUACAAGAAUAUGUGGAUACUUAUAUCUUACCAGAUAAGGAAAAUAAUAAGUCCGACGAUGAAGCCCUAGAAGAUAUAGAAUUGGAUUUUGAAAAUAUUGAAAAGGGAAAUGAUGAUGAAUUUGAACAUGAUAUGUUUGCAGAUCAAGAAAAUCCUACUGAAAAUGAACAAAUAAAGUCUGUUUCAGAGUUCUUUCAUCAUAUGUUUAAAACUAUAAUAAAUUAUUCUCCAACGUUAAAAAAUUCAAAGACUUAUAAAGAGAGUUGUUUAUUGAAUGGUGAUAUUGGUACAAGACCUGAUAAUUAUAAAGAUUGGUAUAAAUUAACAAAAGACAAUUUAGGUGAUUGUUUAGAAAUAUCAGAUGAUGAAUUAGCCCAUUUAAGAGAUAAACAUGCAGAAUUUGUCUUGGCUUUAACUGGUAUGGAUCUUCAAGAAUUAACUACAGCCAAAGAAUUAAGUGAAGAUAAUUCAAUUAAUUCUUAUUAUAAGAAUGACGGUAUCGUUAUUGUUGGAGGUGAUAAAUAUACUUUGUUGGCAUUUUUGUCUAUUAAGACUUUGAGAGAAUUUAAUACAACUUUACCAAUCGAAGUAUUCAUUCCAAAUGGUGAGUCUUAUGAUAGAAAAUUUUGUAAUGAUCUUUUACCGCAAUAUAAUGCUAAAUGUAUCUAUCUUUCGGAUAUUUUAUCAGAAGAGACCAUCGAACAAAAUCAAUUCCAAGGGUAUCAAUAUAAAUCGUUGGCUAUCGUAACUUCUUCAUUUGCUAAUGUUUUAUUAUUAGAUGCCGAUAAUUUCGCUAUUACUAACUUGGAUGAUAUUUUUGAAUCAAAAGUUUUCAAAGAUAAUGGGUUAGUGUUAUGGCCAGAUUUUUGGAGACGUACAACAACUCCAAAAUAUUAUGAUAUUGCUGGGAUAAAUUAUAAUCCAUCUAACCGUGUUAGAAAUUCGAUCGAUGAUGUAAGUCCCACAGAGAUAUAUAAUAAUAGAGAAAACGAUCUUGAUAAUAUCCCAUUUCAUGAUUUCGAAGGUACUUUACCUGAUAUGUCCACAGAGUCAGGCCAAUUAUUAAUCAAUAAAAAUAAACAUUUAAAGACAAUCGUUCUAUCGUUAUAUUAUAAUUUUAAUGGUCCAAAUUGGUAUUAUUCUAUCUUCUCACAAAGAGCUGCAGGAGAAGGUGACAAAGAAACAUUUAUUGCUGCGGCUCAUUAUCUGGAAUUACCUUUCUAUCAAAUUAGAACAGGUCCAGGAGUAGACGGUUAUUUUAAGAAAGAAGAUAAUAAUGAUUAUCGUGGUGUUGGUAUAUUACAACAUAAUUUCAUCCAGGAUAAUGCUAGAUAUGAAAAAGCAGUUGAAGAUUAUAAGGAUAAGAAAUUUGGUCCAUUUACAGAAGAACAAGUCAGUUCAUUCACUUUAGAUACAUUUUAUUCUCAUUAUUUUGAAAGUAAGUCAACAAAAGAAGUGGAUGUUAUGUUUAUUCAUGCAAAUUAUCCAAAAUUCGACCCUGUGUCUCUUUAUAAAUCAAAGGAUUUUAUGUAUAAUGGGGAUCAUUUCAGAUCUUAUAACAAUUUAAAGAGAAUAAACAAUUUCGAUCUGGAACUGUGUGUUUGGGGCACCCUAAAAGAAUUCGUUUGUUCAAACAGAAUUUAUUUCCCAUAUUUAAACCAUGCUUUGGACGAUGAUGAAGAAGAAUAUGCAAAAAUGUGUAAAUAUAUUUCAGACAGAGCUGAUCAUAUGGAGGCAACACACAAAGAAGCUCUUUCAUCAGAUUAG